CUUGAAAAGCUCAGUCUCCUUCUCAGCAUCCUCAAAUAUAUUACAUCUGUCUCUAUUGCACCAUCUCCUGAUCCUGACGUAGUGCAUAUCGCCCAUCAGAGGCUGCUACCCGCCUUCCAACCUCAAGGCAUUCUGGCUUCUUUGCUUCUCGACGGUCUCGAAUCAGUAUGGAAAGCAACACCACUCCGAUUCGCCGAUGUGCUCACUGCUGCUGCAAAGCUUUCUUCCAUCCUACCUUCUCCUUCGUCGUCGUCCUCUUCCAGUCAAAACUUCUUCCUAGCACUUUUCGACUUUCUCAUCAGGCGUGGAAUGAAGACCAAAGCCGACCUCAUCGCUGUGGGGUGUAUGUUCGACCACAUGCCCCGCGGAGCUAUACCCUCAACUCUCAUGGACAAUCUUUUGGAAGACCUGAAUCUUCUGACAUGCGGGAUGCAGCGUAGCGUGCUCAUCGUCAAAUGCCUUGCUCUGAAGCCCAACCCGGACCUUUCAAUCUUAGUGCCUUGCCUCACUUCUUCGAUAGACCCAGCGAGUACCGCCAGUCCGAUCAGUCGACAUUUUCUACCUACCCUAUUCAAGGCAUUCCCUUCAGCUCCAGCUACACUUCUACGACUACUCUCGAUAAACAAAAUGAAUACAAAAGGACAUCCCUUCCCAGCAUGGGUGGCAGUAGCUUCUACCGGCAUGACCACGGGCCAUUUGUCCAUAUCUGACAUCCCCAACGAAGAGCUGCAAAUCGCUAUACAGCACCCCGAGUAUUCUAUCCGCUUGAAAGCUUUCGAGAUCAUUACAAAUACCAAAGACCUCCUUGCUCCACACGUUGUCGACCUGAUUAAAGAGGCUUUUAUAUGCAACUCCGUCUUGUCUGACACAGGAGCCCGCACAGACUUCAUUUCGGCUUGUCGAAACUUGUUCCUGAAUUUGGAAACUGCGGAAGCGUCUGCUCACGCUUCUCUACGUCGAGCAACAGAAGGCAUAAAGAUCAACCACAAACGAGCACAACACAUGUCACCCGUCGAUCCAAACCUAGCUCUCUCACAAGCUGCUGGCAUUCAUUCCUGGUUACUAGAGUCAUUUAUCGCUUCAGUCUUGAAAGGCUGUCGCCGGUAUCCUGCUGUGCGUACCAUACUCGGCCUCAGCAUCUUUGGACUAUACGUGGAUACAUUUGGGUGGGUCGAAAAAGGUCCGACGCGAUUCCACGUCAACGAUGUGGCCCAGAAGCGAAUCUACUCUGAAGAUGUCGUACAGUCGCUGUUGAGCUGUCAGUCUUCAGAAUAUUCUGACAUCAGGAAUCGAGCGCGAGCGAUCAUCGAGAAAGCGACCAACAUUCUUCCGGGACUGGAUGACCUUGAAUCCCCUGAGGUCCAGAAGCUGCUACAAAAUGCAAUUGGAAAUCUCAGCCAUCCGCGUUCCACACAAGCCGAAGCGGGAAGAUCAGUCCUUGUGAUCAUUUUCAGAAGAUUGGUGUACAAUCCUGAGCUCCGAGUUCGCUCGGACCCAGGACGGUUUCUAAGCGACUUAAUACAGUCUCUCACACUGAGCAUCUCAUUGGCGGAGCAAGAUUUAGUGAGAGAGAUGGAAGAGCGCCCUUUCCAUGGCCUGCUUCUCGCACUCAGUGAUCUCAUAUCAUGUCUCGACCUGGAGAAGCCAGAAGAACAAGGCUACUGGUCCCCCAUGUUUCAUGAUCUAUUCUUGCUCAUCCAGAGAAUCUGGUGGGUCACACGCAAAGUCAUAUCUCUCAAUCAAGUCGCCGGAGCGGAACAUGAGAUCGCCCGGGCGUAUGAGGUGCUAGGAGAGGACGAUGACGGAGAAGGUGGAGAAGAGACUUUGGAUCAUACUAGCCUAGUUUCCGGUUGUUGGAGAGCUACACGUAAUGCUGGCAUUUUACUCUCGACAAUCUUCACAACCGGCCUGCCGUGCUCGGCUUAUACAGAGGGCAUUUGGUCAAGAAAAGACGUUGACCAAGCCGGACGAAUGUUUACUAUGUGGCUGAGGGAAAUUCGUCAUCGUGGAACGUUCUCGAGAAUAGCUUCUUCCUUUGCUCUAUUGGUCAACGUUUUCAAGUGGUGUCCGCAAUUAGUGGGCCUGGAGGAGGAAUGGCUAGAGGACGAGUUUACUUUGAUCACGCUUGAUGAGCUGUCCAUCACUCGUCGUUCAGCCGCCAUUCCUUAUAGCUUUUUGGCCCUGAUUGGUGGAAAUGUCGUGCUGCUGGAUAAAGCUAUCGACCGAUUGAUUGAUCUUGCCCAAGUCGAACACGAUUCAUCCGACAAAACAAAAGUACACGCUUUCAACAUAAUGAAAGUUGUGUUGCUCGACGCUAAACAGACAAAAUAUCUGGAUAGGUAUUUUGAACGAGCUGUGAUCGUUGCUUUGAGGGGAUUUGAGUCGUCUGACUGGAACGUUCGUAACGCCGGUCUCAUACUUCUCUCUUCUCUCAUCCACCGUACUCUGACUCCUCCGCGAGGAUCGGCAGACUACUUCGAGUUACAAUCCACUCUCGCCUCUCGCCAAACAUUCUCCUCUUGGCAUACCAGAUACCCAACUCUUCUCCCUUUCCUUGCCGAACACAUCCGAAAGUACUCCACGCCGGUUCGAAUGUCCGACAAACAUUUCCCUCUUUUUCCAAUCCUCAUCAUCGUCCGUAGCUUACGGUGGAGUGAUUCAUCCCUCGAGAUGCAAAAGGAGUUGACAAAGGCGAUAUGGCCUUUGAUAGGGAGCCAGGAAUGGCAAAUUCGACAUAUCACCGCUCAAGCUCUUUCCUCUCUUCUCUCACCUUCUCGAGCCAUGGAAGUAGUGGAAGAACUGCGCAUAACUCUGGAUUCGUCCGAGCAGAUCUCUAUGAACAUGCAGCAUGGACGUUUGUGUCUAUUACAACGGCUAUUCCGGGACGUUGUCGAUUGGAACAUCAUCACAGCAGGUGUCCGAGUUGGGUUGGAAACUACAUUCGGUCGUUUACUCGAUCAUUACGGAGAUGGAGCUCAUCCGUUGAUACUGAAGGAGAUCAUCGAAUGUUUGAAUCAUCUUCCAAUCUCGACCACAUCAGAAAGUACAGAACUUGAGGCUCAAGCUAUUCAAGUAGCACGCACAGCACUCAUGUCAUCCUCGACCGUACCGGGCUACGACCUCCUCCUCAAUUCUUGCGUGACCUUUUUGCGAAUGCGACGACCUACGACCCUACCAACUCUCAUCAAUACCGGCCAUCCAGCUGUUCUAACCGCAUUAAGUGAAAUGGACUGCGGAUCUAGUUCGAAAACAUUGACGGGUCUCGUUCGAAUCGCUUUAUCAUCAAACGUCGAUAAUUUUGUUCGUGUCCGAGUUCUCGACCUUGUUUCAGGGACGAAAUGGACUGACGAAGCUUUGCGCGGUGUAACGAAAGCCGAGUGGUAUGGUGUCACUGACAGAAUAGUACGUAUGGUGGGACAUAUCUGUGUUCCAUUGAGGGAAGCUGCACUUCCUGCUCUUGCAUGGAGUAUUGGUUUGCGUAAAACGGACAGUCCCAUAUCACCUGCUCAGUUGGAAAGUGUCGCUCAACAAAUCUUGUUGUUCUCAAACGAAAGUCAAUCGGAACCUACUCGAUCUUCAUCUAAAAAAGCGAUGGUUCACUUUGCCCCAUUUCUCUUUUCGACCGAAGGCAACCCUCUACCUUCGAACGUGCGACAAAAACUUCAUCAAGCUCUCCUUCGUCUGUUGCAAGACGACGAUGAGGAUAUACGACUAGCAUCUGGGGGUAUCGUCACUUUUGCUCUGGGAAAGUCACCAGUUGUUCAUUGUAAAGCUGUUUCAAUGUAUUGGGAUCAGCUGGAGAGUACCCUUCUGUCAGUCUGGGAUGAAGGUUGGGAAAGAUGGUUAUUGGAACUAUGGACGGACGAAUCCGGGUACAGGAACGAUAUGGACACUCUUGGUGAUACUAAUCUAAGAGCGUUGUUCGAAGAAGAACCACCCAACCUCUUCCGAGAUCCUCUUGUCGACUGUAUGAGAGCGGGUAAGCUGCUAUCCUUGAACAUCACCAAACUGUCAGAGACAGGCAGACAGAAGUUGAAAGAGGUCAAGAGAAUGCACUUAGAGGCGAAAGAUAAGAUUAUGGGAUUGAGUAAAAUGAGCCCGAUUGAAGAAAAGUGGCAAGCUAGAGGUGAUACGUUGAAGAGGAUCUCGCUGCAGGAAGAGUUGUUUGACGCGACGUGA